ACAAAACCCACUUUCACUAGAAGCCUCUGGUUCCUUAAACAAACUAUUGAUCUAUCUUAUAUUAAGCUCGCCCUUUCGUCUUUUCCUCAAUCCCCUCAACCCGCAAUCCCUCUACUUUCUGUAGAAUAGGUUUCUUCAAUCGCCAAACAGCCAUGGCCGACGAAGCCAAAGCCAAAGGCAACGCCGCUUUCUCCUCCGGUGACUUUACCGCCGCCGUCAACCACUUCUCUGAAGCCAUCGACCUCGCUCCCACCAACCACGUCCUCUACUCCAACCGAUCCGCCGCCUACGCCUCCCUCAACAAAUACUCCGAAGCCCUAGCCGACGCCAAUAAGACCGUCGAGAUUAAGCCCGAUUGGUCCAAGGGCUACAGCCGGCUCGGCGCCGCUCACUGCGGAUUGGGCCACUACAACAACGCCGUUUCAGCUUAUAAGAAGGGUCUCGAGAUCGACCCCAAUAACGAGGCUCUGAAGUCUGGUUUGGCCGACGCUCAAGCCGGUGCGGCCCGCUCCCGGGCUGAACCUCCCCCCAUGAACCCGUUUGGGGAUGCGUUCUCAGGUCCUGAGAUGUGGGCCAAGCUCACUGCGGACCCGUCGACCCGAGCUUUCUUGCAGCAACCUGAUUUUGUGAAGAUGAUGCAGGAGAUUCAGAAAAACCCGAGCAAUCUCAAUUUGUAUCUGAAGGACCAGAGGGUUAUGCAAGCCCUUGGGGUUUUGCUCAACGUGAAGUUACACGGUGGAGCGGGGACGGAGGAUGAGGAGAUGCCAGAGUCUCCGCCGGAGCGGAAGCAACCUGAGCCCCGGAAGGAGGAGAAGAAGCUGGAGCCUCAGCCGGAGCCAGAGCCAGAGCCGAUGGAGGUGAACGAGGAGGAGAGGGAGGCGAAGAAGAGGAGGGCCGAGGCAAUAAAGGAGAAGGAGGCUGGCAAUGCGGCUUAUAAGAAGAAGGACUUCAACACAGCGAUUCAGCGCUACACUAAGGCCAUUGAGUUGGAUGAUGAGGACAUUUCGUUUAUCUUGAAUCGCGCUGCGACGUAUUUGGAAAUGGGUCAGUUUGAGGACUGCAUUAAGGACUGUGAGAAGGCUGUGGAAAGAGGAAGAGAGCUAAGGUCUGACUUUAAAAUGAUAGCCAAAGCUUUGACUAGGAAGGGAACUGCCUAUGUGAAGAUGGCGAAAUGCUCCAAGGACUUUGAACCUGCGAUUGAGUCAUUCCAGAAAGCUCUCACAGAGCAUCGCAACCCAGAUACCUUAAAGAAAUUGAAUGAUGCUGAGAAAGCAAAGAAGGAUCUAGAGCAACAAGAGUACUAUGAUCCAAAGUUAGCUGAUGAGGAGCGUGAGAAAGGUAAUGAAUAUUUCAAGCAGCAAAAGUACCCAGAGGCUAUUAAGCAGUACACCGAAGCUCUGAGAAGGAACCCCAAGGAUGCAAAGGCAUAUAGCAACAGAGCUGCAUGUUAUACAAAACUUGGGGCAAUGCCUGAGGGGCUAAAAGAUGCAGAGAAGUGCAUUGAGCUUGAUCCAACCUUUGCAAAGGGUUACACCAGAAAAGGUGCUGUCCAGUUUUUCAUGAAAGAAUAUGAGAAAGCUUUGGAAACAUACCAGGAGGGGUUGAAACACGAUCGUAGCAACCAGGAAUUGCUUGAUGGUGUGCGAAGAUGUGUAGAGCAAAUUAACAAAGCAAGCCGGGGGGAUCUGAGUCCCGAGGAGUUAAAGGAAAGACAGGCUAAGGGAAUGCAGGACCCGGAAAUUCAAAAUAUUCUCCAAGAUCCUGUUAUGAGACAGGUGUUAACCGACUUCCAGGAAAACCCCAAGGCUGCUCAGGAACACACAAAGAACCCUAUGGUGAUGAGCAAGAUCCAGAAGCUCGUCAGUGCAGGAAUUGUCCAGCUUCGGUAAGCAAUGGGAAAGUCUUGACCAUGUAAUCAGAAAAGAAUCCUUUGUCAUCCAAUUGUACUUUUCAAUUAUUUGAUGUCCAUUUGAGUAAUUAGCUUAGAAUUUUUCACUUCGGAAAAUUUUGUGAUGUAUCUACUGUUUUGGUUUUAAUGUUUUUUCAUAUGUUGGAAUCA